GUUCUUCAUCACAAAUAAUUCGAUGGGGCUGGCACCACCCCGUGCUCAGCCGGGAGAUCAAAUUGUCUACUUGUCAACGGGACGGUAUCCAUUUAUAUUGCGAGUAUGUGGCGAGGAGAAUUAUGAGAUGAUUGGGGACUGUUUUCUGGAAGAGUUUGAUCUCGAAAAACCGAUUGAUUGGGAACAUGACCCAGAUGUAAAGGAGUUUACUAUCCGUUAGGACUACACAU